UGUACUUGUCAAUAUGGCAAGAUCCUAUUUGUCUUCAAAGUUGGUCAUAGCGUCCAACGCCGUGCUAAACCGUUGUCCAAUCGAACACAUCAUUGGCGGUGUUACGUCGAUAGCUGGAACCCAAAUUACCCUCUAUCAGCAUUGGUUAGAAAGGUGACCUUUUGGUUGCACGAUACCUUCGAAAACCCGCGACAAGUUGUUCGACAGCCUCCGUUCGCUAUUGAGGAGGAUGGUUUUGGUCACUUUCAACUUCAAAUCGAGGUGGCCUUCCUGGACUGCGUGACGACAUUCACUUACGAUCUAAGGCUGUUCGAUAACAAUGCGCUUCACACCUACCGCACGGUCCGUGUGAUCCCCGCUCCAGAGGACUGGGACAGGAUGAUCCAGCUGGGUGGCAUUGUCAUUCCACGCACCAAUACACCCGCGGAUAUCCACAAGGUUGUCCAAACCAUUCAGUCAUGCAACAAUCUGGAGUCAAUGCACUCCUACUCUUUCUUUCCCCAUCUACGAGAUCGUUCAGAACAAGAUGUACACUCCUUAUCGCCAGCUAGUGUGGGUUCCACAGCUUGCAAACCCUCUGACAGCGUUCCGUUCUAUCCCGAGACAGUUGGACGACAAUCAGCUGGACAAGACUACUGUUUUGAUUACCAGGACGAAACCUGUUCUGGUUCACUUACUCAUUCCGAUCCCGAUAUCCCCCGCCAAUCAGUUCUCUCUGUUGAGCGACUGUUAGCCCAAAGGCCUCUGCCGCAAAAACACAAAAAGAAACUACAACUGCUGCACGAAGCCCAGCUCUUGCUAGAAGAUGCGCAAAAGCGCCAAUCACAAUGGGCAUCUUCUCGACCAGUGACCGCGCCUGGUUCUGGUAGUCCUCAGUACAACCUGAUGCCGCUUUCUCCAGAUAUCCCCACUCCUUCAAAAGGCGCUCCUCCCCUGGAUUCGGCGGGUGACCAAGAAGAAAUGGAGCCUCUGUUGUCAACGAACAACCUUUCUGUUGGCAAAGAUCAAAACGAUAUUGGUUCCUUACCUGAUCGCAAAUCAGGUUUUGAAACUGCGGAGCCUAGUUCCCCGGUGAAACGUAUCGUUUUGAAACUGUCACGUUUGGGUUCCAAAAAUCAGUUAGUGGUAGCCUCCUCAGAUCUUGAAGGUCAAGAUACUAUGGAUGAACGCCAGGAACGUCGGCGGCGAAAGAAAGAGCAACGUCGAGAGCAGGCACGCUUGGAAGAAGAAAAAGCCAGACAGUUUGGGAUAUCAGAUUCUAAAACCGAAAAUCCGUCUUUAAAACCCAAUGAGCUCCUUACCCGCGAAGUUGCUGCAGCUCCUGUCACGGGGUAUGCUGAUGUGAAAAGUCCUCGGAAGUUGAAAAAGCACAGACGAUUGAAAGCAGGGAAGCGCGCUGCCAUUGAUGCUUUGGAUCAGCCGAGUCCACUGAUAUCACCAAAGGCUAAUUUGGUGAGUGAUCAGCUUCCUGACCUUGUCAAGCUAGAGAGCGAAUCUCGGAAAGGUCAAUUGAGCCCUGAAGGCAUUACAGCUUCUCAAUGCAUGGGGCAGGUUCAACCGGAAUCAGAAUUUCACGGGCACAUCGGGCCGUUUGUUGAACACGAACUUUUUGGAUCGGACGAUGAAUCUCAUUUGUUAGGUGAUCAAACAAACCAAUACAGCCCAAAAGUUAGUUCACCUUUCGAACAUGGUGCUCACUCACAUCUACUGUUGGACAACCCAGACGAAGAGUUUGAAGAUGCACUGUCACGAAGUCUCUUUUCUCAGUGCCAUGAGUCUACCAAUCCAGGCAGCCCUGUCGACCUGUUUGGCGAUGAGGAUCGAUUGUCUUCUGCGCAUACAACACCACAUGUAGUUGACGUUAGAUACCCUGCAUCUUCUCCCAAUGAGAGUACCGGAAGCAGACCAUAUGAUCCAGAAGACCUCCUGACAUCAAAACCGCGUCAAAUCGGUGGAGAACUCUUUGAGGAUACUGGUGAUGAAUGUAUACCGUUGUCUCGGCAUAGUUCCACGGACAGGUCGGAGAAGAGUAUCGAUUUUGUUAGGUCACGCCCUUCACGUCCAGUAUCCAAGUCUCGUCCGUCCAAAGUAUCCACAGAUUCCAGCGCUUCGGGCGCAGAUCAUGGCAGGCCAGUGUCUGGGUCUCACAAGAAACAUAAGAACUCGGACAAGCAAAAGUCACAAAUGAAGCAUGGUCAACAGGACUCCGUCAGUCGUGAACGGACGUGUGUCUCCUCACCAGGCCGCCCUUCCUCAGCUUCCAAAACUGCACCGGAAAAAGUUGAUUCCGGCGUUCCGCGAUCGCGCUCUGUAAAUAAGUCAACGGAUUUCCGAAAGCAACAUGCUCGUUCCUCAUCGUCUCAUUCCUCCAGCAGCUCGUGUAGAGAAAAGGAACGCAAGAAAAUCGACCGUAACCCUUCAAAGCAUAUGCACCCCAACACAUCAAAACAUGGGGAACAGAUACAUACUCCCAAGAUCCAAUCGUCUUCUCCUAAAAUCAAGCCACCGAAGUCUGAUGCGGUUGGAAAACCUCGGAAGCAGGUAUCGGCUGAUGAGACCGAAACCAGUGACCGCAAGUUAUCAGACAGUAAACGGUCUCAUGUAUCCAAGGACUUCAGUACAACAAAGUCAAAGAAAAUGGAAGCGAAGAAACAGAACUAUUCAGACAAGCCUCUGGCUGGCGAAUCUGUUGGACCGCGUAAGGAACAUCUGCGGUCUCAAAGUGGUCUUCGGCGAACUGCCACCGUCCCCCAAGAUUCGAAGCAUUCCUCAAAAGGACCCUCUCAGGAAAGACGUAAAAUGUAUUUGAAGCGAUUUAAAGAACACGAUAUUGAACUUUCCUCCCUAUCAUCCUCGUCCAGCUCUUCUGUUUCGUCUUCCCCAACCCCUCCCAUGUCUUCAUGUAACCCGGUGUUUUCUGGUACCGCCAGUGAGCCCAGUUGCUUCGACAAAGCCCACAAGAGUCAGUCAAGACAACCUGUCCCAUCGCAGGUGACCAAACAUUCUGGAGAUAAACGUUCUAAAAAGAAAAUCAAUCCCCCGCCCACUUGUGGCCCGGCACAGCUGGAAACGACUGGAAUAUCAAAUGAGAAACCAAAUGCAGCUGUAAAACCUACCACCUCCGAAUCAGCUAAACCUUUGGAUAUGAACGUUGAACCACAGCUAUCUGAUGGUACCAACAAUCAGUCCAAGUAUUCCGGAUCACAAUUGGAACAUCUUUUUGAUCGCUUGCUCAGACUCCAGCAACCUCACCUCGCCAUUCGAAUGAGUGAGAUACUCCUGCAGUAUCUUGUACCACGCCCACCAACAUCGACCUCCAAAUCUCAGAAUAAUGAAGCAGCCGCAGCAGUUGGCAGUAAAGUCAAAAGCGGUCGGGCUGUGAAAGUACUAAACGAGGGAGAGCCUCGCAUUAUUGCAUUCAAUCUCCGUCGACUGCCUUUCGUAUGUCUGGAUCAGCUUUCUGAACUGAUAGCCGAGGACGAGGCGAUUUCCUUUAAUUCGAGUGCUAAUGGUGAAAAACACAAUUCAACUGCCUCUGAACUUAUGUCCCCAUCGAAAGACUUGGUGCUUUGAUGACCACAAUCCCCUUCUGAUUGUAAAUAUUCCCCGCUACUCCGAGUAUUGUCCUGAAGGACUAAUAUGACUAGGUUUUUUUGGAUAAUUUUUAUCCUUGAAUUUUCCCCUUAUUUUUUAUUUGGAAUAACUGAGGAACGCUACUUGUUUGGAUGGUGGUUCGAUACGAGACAACUUCACGUUGUUCAUCUAAUAUGCGGACGUAUACACAAGUGAAACCCGCAGUCCUCCAUUGGUUUGUUAUCAAGUUCCACUUUUUAUUAAUCAGACACGCCACUGCACAACAUCGG